AUGGCCCCAGGCCGUAUCAACAUCAGACAUCUCAUGGACAUGGAUGGCGACGCCGAGCCUGUGGCACCCGCAGCAGGUGUUGCUGAGGACAUGCUGGAAGCCCCUGGGGAUGCGAAGACCAAGGAGGACAGAUUGGUCGUCUCGCCGAUGGCGCCUUCGCCACGGAUGUCCACUUUGUCGCCCCGCUCGGUGAGGUCCAUUACCAGCAAGGACACCUCCUCCGUGCCCGCCAUCCAGACCAGAACCAGCUUCAUCGAGCAGGGCGCGCUGUUCCAAGGCCUGCAGCCCCGCAGCAACUCGAAGAAGAAGCGGCGCCUGUCGGCCAGGGAGAAGCUGAUGUCCAGUGCCCGGCCCCUCGUGCAGGUGGCACGGGAGCUGAAUGAUCAGGACGGCCUGGGUGCCAUGGUCAAUCAGCUUCCGGGGGGCAAUUGCUGCGCCCGAACGUUUCUCAACUUCGCAGAGUACAUGGACUCCCUGCAGGAGCCUGACCGCAAGGGAAUUCUACCAUGGCUGGUGAACAGCACUGGGUUCAAUAUGUUUAUCUUCCUGGUGGUCCUGGCCAACACGGCUCUCACCAUCUACGAGGCGGAUUUGCUGAUCACCACUAGGAGCGUGGACACGUUGCACUGGCUCAGCAUCGCAGAAUUGAUCUUCAGCGUCACCUAUGUGCUGGAGUUCCUGCUGAAGCUGUGGGUGCAUCGGCUCUACUACUUCUGGUGCCCAGAGUGGAAGUGGAACAUUUUCGACGCGCUGCUGGCCAUUUUGUCCAUCCUCAGCGCGGUGAACUCCCUCCUGGAGUCUGUGUCCCAGGCCAAUAUGAGCUUCCUUAGGUCCUUCCGCUUCAUUAAGGUCUCGCGGAUCUUGCGGGGCCUGCGGGUCAUCUCCUUCGUGCGCCAGCUGCGGCUCAUGGUCUCCUCCAUCGUCGGCUGCUCCAUGGCGCUCUUCUGGAGCUGCCUCGUGCUUCUCAUUGUGGAGAUCGUGUUCUCCAUUCUCUUCGUGCAGCUGGUGACGAGCCACGUGGUCGAGAACCCGGACACCCUGGAAACGGAGCUGCUGCUGCUCAAGUUUCCAUCCGUCACAGGCACCAUGGUCUCGCUCUUUGCCGCCACCACCGGCGGAAUCGAUUGGAUGGAGACUUUGGAUCUCUUGAACCCGGUGGGCCACUUUGCUCGCUACGCAUUUCUCUUCUACAUUGCCUUUUUCACCAUCGCGGUGUUCAACAUUCUGACUGGUAUCUUUGUGGAAAAAGCUUUGCAUCUCUCAGACCAGGCGGACCGAGCGGUGGAGUUCAUGAAGCAAGAGAAAGAGGACGCCCAGGACCUGCGGCAGAUAUGCAACCGCAUCGAUAGGGACGGGAACGGCAAGAUUGCGUGGCCCGAGUUUGAAUCGUACAUGCAAUACAGCGGGGAUGGAUUCGCCAGACUGAAGGCGUGCGGCUUGGAUGUCCACGACGUCCACGAGUUUUUCGUCAGCCUCACCAACGGCUCACCGGCGGAGUACGUGGAUAUCGAGGAUUUCAUCCACCACGCCAUGAGGCUGCGAGGUUCGGCGACCAGCAUCCAGGUGAAGUCUGUGGCUACCCAGAUGAUGCGCUACCAGGAGGAGGUGCAGAACGCCUUGAUGUGGAAGGUGGAUUCCCUGGCCCAUCAGCUGAGGAAGCUGCUUUUGGCGAGAAAAGAGUCGACUGCAUGA